AUGACUAUACAAGAGUUUAUAGACCUUGUUGAAAUUGACAUUGGUAUAUUUGAUGGUAAACCAGAUAGUAAAACUAUUUAUCUAGGGCUCGAUACUGGAAGCGAUCUUACGUGGACACAAUGUGAAAAUUGUGUCAAAUGCUUCCAUCAAGUAAAUCCCUACUAUCCUGCAAGCCAAUCUCAUAGUUAUAAGCCCAUCCCUUGCUCCCAAUGUGCUAGUACUGCUGAAUGCUCGGAGAAUGUUUGCAAGGAGACACGCAUGUAUGGCGAUGGCAGCGUUGUCAAAGCGAUUAUCGCUACUGAGUCAUUUGUUUUUAGGUCUCAAAAUGAUGGCCUGGAAAUAGAUGGUCAAGAUAUGAACAAUAAGUUUAACGGAUAUUUAGGAAUGGGUUACGGCCAAUACAGCUUCCCUGAACAAGCAAAGAUUUUAGUGAACGGAAAAUUUUCAUAUUGCUUACAACCAGAAGAAGAAGGACUUCCGCCAAUGCACCUUCGAUUCGGAGACGACGUGAUACAACCCCCAGCGGAAGUUUACACCACCCCUAUGUUUAAACGUGCUGACCGCGAAGGCCACCAUUACUUGAACCUCUGCGGCAUUAGAGUAGACGACGAAGACUUAGAUCUUCCUCCGGGUGUUUUUUAUAUAAAAAGUGACGGAACUGGAGGGUGCAUCAUCGACACGGGCACGCCUACUAGCCGCAUCACCUCAGCGGCCUAUACUAUCUUCAAAGACGCGGUUGCGCGUAACAUUGAAUCCGCUAAUAAAAAUGUGGAGAGAUUUCAAAGUACUACCUCAGGGCUUGACCUUUGUUACAAGCGUGUAAGUGAGCCUGAAACCGUGAACCUUCCGUACAUUACAUGGGUGUUUGCGGGAGCAGCAGAUUUCUUUAUGACUUCAGAUUUAACAUUUGAUACGUUUCAGGAAGAUGGUUUUCCUAUUGUUUGCUUGCUUUUUCUUGAAAGUAACCAGGCUGUGGGUGGUUUGACCAUAUUAGGAUCUGAACAACAGAUUGAUCAUAGGAUAAUAUAUGAUCUUACAAAUGGUCAACUACACUUUGGACCAGAGGACUGCUCAAAUGGUGCUUAG